AUGAGAGAUUUGAGGAUGGUUAUUGCGAGCUGGGUUUCCCUGUCCAUUCCUGCUACUCCUGCUGCUGCUGCUAUGGGUGCUGCUGGUUGUGGGGAUGGUAUAACAGGGGAAGGUACAACUGGGGAAGGUGCAACUGGGGAAGGUGCAACUGGGGAAGGCACUACUGGUGCUGGCGGUGGCGGUGUGGCAUACACCCCUGUGCUUCCUGCUAUCCCCACUCCUCCAAGCCACCCCAUCCCUCCCAUCCCCACCCCUCCAGUUCCCACCCCUCCCAUUCCCAUCCCUCCCAUUCCCAUCCCUCCCAUUCCCAUCCCUCCCAUUCCCACACCUCCCAUUCCCAUCCCUCCCAUUCCCACACCUCCCAUUCCCGGCACUACCAUUCCCAUCCCUCCCAUUCCCACCCCUCCCAUUGCCACCCCACCUCCCAUCCCCACACCUCCAUGCAUUCCCAUCCCCCCCAUCCCUACCCCUCCUCUCCCUCCUGCCUUUUUCUUUCCCUUCCCCCUCCCUCCUCUCCCUCCUCCCCUCCCUCCUCCCCCACCCACCAACCCUAGCUCUGCCUCCGCUUCGGCCCAAACCUGCGGGAGGAGAGAGGAGGAGGGAGGGUGUGCGGCAGGGAGGGAGUGA